AUUGACACAACCUAUCGUUCGUAGAAACUCAGAAAAACGCAAAAAAGCCCAAAAAAUUCAUCAAUUAAGUCAUCAAAAAUUUAAAUAUUACAAAUAUGACAAAUUACUCAGAAGAUCAACUAGCUGAAUUCCAAGAAGCAUUCAAUUUGUUUGACAAUCGUGGAGAUGGAAAAAUUCAACAACAAAAAAUUGGUGAAUGUCUUCGUGCUUUGGGUCAAAAUCCAACUGAAUCUGAUGUCAAAAAGUUUACAAAUCAACUGAAACCUGAUGAGAGAAUAUUUUUUGAAGUGUUUUUGCCUAUUUAUCAGGCAAUAUCAAAGCAGCGUUCAGGUGACACUGCUGAUGACUUCAUUGAAGGAUUGCGUCACUUUGAUAAGGAUGCAUCAGGUUUCAUAUCAUCAGCUGAAUUUCGGCAUUUAUUAACAACUCUUGGUGAGAAACUAAGUGACGAAGAGGUGGAACAAUUACUGAUCAAUCAAGAAGACUCACAAGGCAAUGUCAACUAUGAAGAACUCGUCAGAAUGGUCAUGAAUGGUUAAACAUGAUCAUCAAUAUUUUUAAAACAUUUUUUACAUUGUUUUCUUUUAUAUACCUAUUAACUUCGGAGUGAUUUUGAUAACUUGAAAUAAAUCAUUAAAGACAUAAAGAAAGUUCGCCACAAAGUCAA